AUGCCAGCUGCUCCGGAUAAUUUCGACCUGCACGCUCUCGCUGAUGCGCUCGAUGAGUCUUCCGACUCGUCCACGGACAACGAGUCCAUUAACGAGGAAAUCAGUACAAUCCAAAGACCGGACCCUGCCGUUCAGAGAGCCAUCGCCCGAGAAGAGGAACUUGAACGCCGACGGAACAUUGGCAUCGCUCAUAUCAGAAGCUUUGGAUACGUCAUCCCAUAUAAUAUGCUUAUUCAGCUUCUGCAGCUGAUGAAUCACCAUCUUGCUCAUUUCGAACCAGGAAUGGAAACUCGUCUAGCUAUCCAAGUCUGCCUGGUCUUGUACAACUACCCAGAGGUUAUCGAUGGAUUCAACGAUUAUCUGUGGCUUGGGAUCACUGUUCGCCGCGAGUUGGCAGGCGGCGAAUUUCGCUACGUUAUCUAUUUUCCCGGCGGGUUCUGUUUCGUCCCCACCCCAGAUCAAUGUUAUGAAAAUUUGCCGGAAAACGAUGAGGAUGAUCAUGAGGCGUUCAUGAGAGAGCGUCAGCAAGGAGAACGGUGGCUGGAUAGCAGUAGCUCGGAAAAUGAGCAAGAAGGCAAUGAUACAGAUUCGAUAUCGGAGGGAGAGCAUAUUCCAAACGGAGAGCAUUGA